UGAGUAAUGACUAUGAGAUUUGGACGGAGUCGCGGGUCGUCGGAUCUGGAAUUUUGACGACAGUGCGUGGAUUUCUUUCUAGGUAUUUUUAAGCUAUUGUUGUAGUAAUUUAGAAAACACUUUUGUCAAUCAGUGUUCAUGUUUAGAAGAACUUUACACAGUCUAUUUAGUCUACAAAGUUAUUCAGUAUAUCACCGUUUCGUCUCGCAGUCAAAAAAUAUGAAGAUCGGAACUCAUGAUGGCGUUUUCCACUGUGAUGAAGUACUCGCUUGCUUCAUGCUCAAACUGUUACCUGAGUAUAAGGAUGCCACUAUUGUUCGUACUCGAGAUAUGGCUAAGCUCAAUGAGUGUGACAUAGUUGUGGAUGUUGGAGCAGUCUUUGACCACCGGAAAAAAAGAUAUGAUCAUCACCAAAGAGAGUUUAAUGAGACUCUAAGCUCUUUGAGGCCUGAGCUUGGUGAGAAAUUCAAUAUCAAAUUGAGUUCUGCCGGGCUAGUCUAUACUUACUAUGGUGAACAGAUUCUGCAGCAAUUAGUACCAUCAAAUGUUUCAUUAAAACCUGCUGACCUCACUGUUAUAUUCAAAAAAGUGUAUCAAAACUUCAUUGAAGAAAUAGAUGCUAUUGACAAUGGAGUGCCUAUCGCAUCUGAAGAACCUCGCUACAAAAUUCGCACCCACUUAAGUAACAGAGUCGGGAGACUGAAUCCUGAAUGGAAUAGUAAUCAACAAAUUGACAUGGAUGAAGUGUUUAAAAAGGCAAUAGCUCUUGUCAGUUCAGAAUUUCUAUACAGUGUCAACUACUUUAUAUCUGUUUGGCUUCCUGCGAGGGAAUUUGUGAGGGAUGCAUUAGAAAAUAGGUUUGAAGUUCAUAAAUCAGGUCAAAUAGUUGAGUUCAAAGAAAGGUUCCCUUGGAAGGAACAUUUAUUUGAUUUAGAAGAAGAAAUGGAGAUUGGUCAUGAAGUGAAGUAUGUACUGUUUAAUGAUAAACCAAAUUCUUGGAGGGUGCAAGCAGUCCCAGUCAAUCCUACUAGUUUUGUGACAAGGAAACCGCUGCACAAAAGUUGGUGGGGAGUUCGGGAUGAAGUCUUAAGUGAAGUGGCAAAUAUCGAAGGUUGCGUUUUCUGCCACAGCACUGGGUUUAUUGGCGGCAAUACAACAAGGGAAGGCGCGUACCAAAUGGCGGUAGCAAGCUUGGAAGCUGAUAUGUAGAUGUAAAAAAAUCUUUUUAUCAUAAUAUAGAUUUUUAUUUCAAA